UGCAGACUACCCAGCUAGCUAGCGAGCUAUAUCGGGUGAUCAGAUUCAACGACAGCGAUAUAAUGGCGGCCCCAUUCACACAGUAUAUGGAUGAAUGAUAAACCUGUAUAAUCACCCACCAUGGCUACAACACCGAUGGAGCAAUGGAGUAUUCGAGAGAAGCUGUGUUUAGCUUCAUCAGUGAUGCGCAGUGGAGAUCAAAACUGGGUGUCAGUGAGCAGAGCUAUCAAACCCUUUAUGGAACCUAACAGACCAUCAGACUGGUUCUCACAAAAGAAUUGUGCUAUACAGUAUUCAGCAAUGUUAGAGGCAGUGGACACACCGAAGAGGAAGAGGAGUGGUGAUAAGGGAGAGGUGGAGACCCCUGUUGACCUUGUGGUCCGCCGUAUGACCCAGGAAAGGAUCGAAGAACUAAGGCAUCAGAUCUCGGACGAUCGUAGGAAGUUCAAGCAGCUUCAAGAAGAGAUUCACAACAUACAGAGUGGUCAGUUGGAUGACCAGCUACCGAAGAUAUGGGCGGAAAUACAGGAAAAGAAACGUCUAGAAGAAGAAGCUUUGGAGAACAAGAGGUUAGCAGCAGAGGCAAAGGCUGCAGCUGUAGCAGCAGCCAAAUUGAAAGCCAGUUUACAGUCUCCCAACAAGAAACGUCCUCCCAUACGACCUCCAAAGGCCAUGCCUUCAAAGCCUCAGACCACAACCACUCCUACAGAGGAGGAGGAGCCUACCGUGGAAUCAGAGCCAAUCAUCUCAGUGGAAAGUUCAGAAGCUGCCCCUAGCAUAGAUGUGGAGCAAGGAAUACCUGAUGAUGACCAGUCUCAGCCUGCAUUACUCUCAUCACUACUCACCACUCAAGAAGAAGAAGAGAAGAAGGCUAAGAAAGAUGGUGGUCAAGCAUCGGAGGCUGUUACAAUAGAUGAAUUCACCCAUAUUUUCUCAGAUAGCAGUAAGACCACACCCCCUAAGGAACCAGAGAAACAGAAACAGCUCACCACAACCAAAGUCAAAGACACCCCUACCCUUUCUAAGCUUCUUCUCCCAUCCCCCCUGUCAGAAAGUGGAACAACCCCAGACAGAGAAGGAGCAGAUGCUGCAGCAGACGAGUCCAUUGUAGAUGAAGGGGAGGAGAUUCUGCCAGAGAAAAAGAAAAAGGAAAAUGAAACGAAAGAAGAUGUUCAAAAAGACGUCCAAAAAGAUAUUGUCGAAGUUGCACAAGAAAAGCUGACAGAGGAGCCUUCAGCGAAAGCAGCUGGAGAUAAGACAACUACAGAGCUCUUGGAAGAGAGUAAACCGGAUCCUGAAGUUCGUAAAGCUGAGUCUGGAGGAGGCAAGCUCCUUCGAUCUCACCAUGAACCUCUUGACAUGGAGCCUGUAUCGCCAGGAACUCAGGGCAAGAUAGAGAAGAAGAGAGGGAGGGGUCGUCCUAGCAACGCAUCCAGGAAGAGUACUAGGACAAAGACUAGACAGGACGAUGAUGACGAAGACACAGUGAUGAGUUUUGAUGAUCUCAAAGACGAGACUAGGAGUGAUGCUGCUGAUUCUGAAGAUCACGAUAGACCAUCAGAGAGUGAUGAUGCAUCUGUUGCCAAUUUGCAGACCUCCCUCUAUAGUGAUUCAUUACCAAACAGUCCAUCUUCUGUGCCACAUAGUGAAGAGGACCAUGCCUAUAGACUGUGGAGGAAGGCCAUUAUGUUGGUAUGGAGGGCUGCUGCAAGCCACAAGUACGCAAGUGUGUUCCUCCACCCUGUUACAGAGGACAUUGCUCCAGGUUACUGCAGUAUUGUUCACCAGCCAAUGGACCUUAUCACUAUCAAGAAGAAGAUAGAGAAUGGAACGAUCCGGACAACCGAGGCCUUCCAUCGAAACAUCUUGAUCAUGUUUCAGAAUGCAAUCAUGUAUAAUAGCUCAGACCAUGAUGUACACAACAUGGCAGUCAGUAUGCAGAAUGAUGUCAUUAGCUUUAUAGAGGAAUUCAUUUCAACCCAAUUAAUGGUACAGCAACCAGACUCUUCUAAGGUUUUAAGAGGAAGAGAUACCAUGGCUAGGAGGUCAGAUGUCGGCACAAAGGAUGAGGAAGGUAAAGCAAGGCGUAGUUCAACUGAUCACCAGGAGACAAGUGGGAAGAAGAGGAGGACGAGAGCUGAUGAAUAUUAGACAUUUUUUUACCUCAUAUGGACACAAUCUGCUUCUUCUUGAAGAAGCAACUAUUUCUGUGAAUAUGGUGGAAAUGUCAAAUGAGGAAAGAAAACAAAUAGGUCAUCUACAUCUCACUUGGAGACAAAUGUAGUGAAAGUGAAGGACAGGAGUUGAAGAUUAUUCAAAUUUAUUAAUGUCUGUACAUGGACACUCUACCAUUCAUUUAUCAAUGUAUCUCUCACAUUAUCCCUAAUACUUCAGUAUUUACUUCAGAAGAUCUAUUUAGCAACUGCUUUGUCGUUCAAUGUAGAAGUUUCAUCGUACAUUUAUAUUUCGUGUGCAUAUAUUUGGUCGUGAGAAGGACCAUCCACACUCAAUGUUUCAGCACAUAUUUAUGUGCCAUCUUCAUGAGAAUGAGCGAAGCAGGCAGUAUAUAUACUUCAACAGUCCCGUAUGCACAGAGCUUUGAUUGGUUAUGAAAAGUGACUGGUUCAUAGGCAAUGAUUUCUCUUCUUUUUUUUGGGGGGGGGGGGGGGGAAGGCGGGACGAGAUGGCCUCUCCCAAAGGCUCCUGUACAAACUUCAAGGAUGUGGUAUUCCCCUGGAAUCAUAGCAAAUGUACCGGUGCAUCGCUAUCUGUUGGAAUCUUGGUACAAAUCACACUCAUCCCCCCUUUCCUUCUUCAAAGGAAAGAAUGAUUUUGUUUUCUUUCUCCAAGAUAUCUCCUCUCUCAUUAGAGAUGCAGUUGAAGAAUAUAUUAUGGAAAGCAUGUUAUGUUUUCUGAAGAGUAAAUCGAGUAAAGCGAUCACAAGUUUAAAAGAACAAAGUUGUUAUUGUCUAUCCAUUUGAAUUUAUAUCACCUUCCUCUGUGACUUGGCUGGACACUAUUUAACAAUCUAAUCGGAUCUGUAUUCCUAGGGGUAACAUCAUUAUUGUGUUGCUUCUAUUGAUUGAUAUACCCGUUCCAUAGUCAAAAAACGCACUGCCCUUUUUAUUUUAUGAUUAUAGAUAAAUGCCUCAGAAUAGUCAUAAUAGAUCAAUGGCACAAUCAUAUCAUCUUCAUCUUUUACAAAUGUGCAUUAAAACUUUCUCAAUGCAGUAUUUGUAAUAUAGCACAUGAUCAUUAAAUAUCUUCAUGUGCUUUCAAGCAUACAAAGAAAUGUCACAUUGCUUGGUAAGAUAUAUAAUAGGGAACCAGGAGCUCGUUGGUUGAAUCAUUUGAAGUAGGUGCUUAAUGGGGUAUUCAUGUGUUAGAGAAUGAGUCAUUUAUAUUGAUUUUCUGGGACCUAGAUGUGACAGCACCAUCUUAAUUCAUCAAAAGAAAUAUUGAUUAUUCAUGUAAUUGUGUGAUCACAAUAGAAUUGGGAUCUAGGUCCUGCUCAAGGCUUAGGGACUGACCACACAAUUGAUCUUAAAUUUGGCUGUACACUGUGGUAACUGUAAUAAUUGCUAUAAAAAGAAAAGUUUUACAAUCAUUUUUUUUUAUGCUUUGUAUUAUCGACACCAGGGCCCUGUAACAAGCCAUCAGCGGCCAAAUAGAAAUCGAUCUGUACUCUGGUACAUUGAUCAUGUUGAAUAAUUCUUUGUACUAGUAUUGAUUGCAUCAGUUCGUACAUCACCUUUGUAUAAAGUUUGUGUUCUUUUGUAUUAAAAGUGAGAAUGUUCACGA